CCUGGGCUCCAUCCUCUGCCAACCUCGCCACUGUUCAGACACUUCCCUGCCUCUAUCAUGACCUGUGGCUUCAGCUCCAUGACCUGCGCCUCAGCCUGCGGGCCCCGGCCCGGCCGCUGCUGCAUCACGGCCGCCCCCUACCGCGGCAUCCCCUGCUACCGCGGCCUCCCCGGGGGCUUCGGCAGCCACAGCGUCUGCGGGGGCUUCCGCGCCGGCUCCUGCGGGCGCAGCUUCGGCUACCGCUCCGGCGGCGUGUGCGGGCCCAGCCCCCCCUGCAUCACCACCGUGUCGGUCAACGAGAGCCUCCUCACGCCCCUCAACCUGGAGAUCGACCCCAACGCGCAGUGCGUCAAGCACGAGGAGAAGGAGCAGAUCAAGUGUCUCAACAGCAGGUUCGCCGCCUUCAUCGACAAGGUGCGCUUCCUGGAGCAGCAGAACAAGCUGCUGGAGACCAAGUGGCAGUUCUACCAGAACCGCCAGUGCUGCGAGAGCAACCUGGAGCCACUGUUCGAGGGCUACAUCGAGACGCUGCGGAGGGAGGCCGAGUGUGUGGAGGCUGACAGCGGGAGGCUGGCCUCGGAGCUCAACCACGUGCAGGAGGUGCUGGAGGGCUACAAGAAGAAGUAUGAAGAGGAAGUUGCACUUCGGGCAACAGCCGAGAACGAGUUUGUGGUUCUAAAGAAGGACGUGGACUGUGCCUACCUGCGCAAGUCGGACCUGGAGGCCAAUGUGGAGGCCCUGACGCAGGAGAUCGACUUCCUGAGGCGGCUGUAUGAGGAGGAGAUCCGUGUGCUCCACGCCCACAUCUCCGACACCUCGGUCGUCGUCAAGAUGGACAACAGCCGCGAGCUGAACAUGGACUGCGUCAUCGCCGAGAUUAAGGCUCAGUACGACGACAUCGCCACCCGCAGUCGGGCUGAGGCUGAGUCCUGGUACCGCAGCAAGUGCGAGGAGAUGAAGGCCACGGUGAUCAGGCACGGGGAGACCCUGCGCCGCACCAAGGAGGAGAUCAACGAGCUCAACCGCAUGAUCCAGAGGCUGACGGCCGAGGUGGAGAACGCCAAGUGCCAGAACACCAAGCUGGAGGCCGCGGUGACCCAGUCUGAGCAGCAGGGCGAGGCGGCCCUCACCGAUGCCCGCUGCAAGUUGGCGGAGCUGGAGGCUGCCCUGCAGAAGGCCAAGCAGGACAUGGCCUGCCUGCUCAAGGAGUACCAGGAGGUGAUGAACUCCAAGCUGGGCCUGGACAUCGAGAUCGCCACCUAUAGGCGCCUGCUGGAGGGCGAGGAGCACAGGCUGUGUGAAGGUGUUGGUUCGGUGAAUGUCUGUAACCCAACCCACCCGCCGACUGGGGACCCCGGGAUGUGGCCUGUGGGCGAGGGUCAUUCUGGCCUGUCCUCAGAUGGUGCCAUCGUCCCCUGCCAGGCGGUGCUGACUGUGCUCACAACACCUUCUGUGUCCAGUCUGGCCACGGAUGGCACACGUGUCAUCGAUUUUUAUCUUGAGGUCCCUUCCCUUGAUAUAAUUUGUCCGAAAUUGUCAUUGGCCAAAUGGGGUCCAUAUUUCUCCGUGGAGGUACCCAAAUAUCUGCUCUGCUCUGCACAGCAGCUGACACUCUGGUUCAUCCGGUGGGCUGGAUCUCCAAGACAUCCACAGGUGGUCAACAAGGAAGUCACAACAGUCACGGCAGUCACGUGCAACAUCUCCAAGAGAAGGAUUUAA